AUGGACAACAGUGACGACGUCGGCUACUCCUCAGUCGCAUGGGACACCUACUCCCCCGACGACGACUCACACCACAACCACCACUCUGGAAACAACACCACCAACAAGAGCAGACUCCAGAGCUCGAACACCCUCAACUCUUCCCUCUUCGCCUCCUCAGACGAAGAAGACAUCAACCACCACCACAACCAUAUCGAUAACGACGACGACGACCUGGCCGACAUCACCGCCGCCGCCUCAUCCACCAUCCUCCCCGCAGAGACCUCUGCCUGGGCUGACGAGUCACUGGACAAUGAAGUCAUCGACAUUCACUCUACCAACGGUCAUCAUAAUGGAGCCAGCAGUAAUCCUUACAGUACAACAAGGGCGAACAAUGGAAGCAUCAACAGCAAUAAUGGAGGACGUAGUAUCCAUAUCGACUCAGAUAUCAGACACAACCAUUCGUAUGAUGAUGUUGACGAGGAGGAUGGUCGUACCAGUCAGCAGGUCUAUAGGUCGCAUGCUCCAGGAAAGGCGGUGAAACGCGAUACAGGUCGCUCUCUGUCAGAGCUGUCAUUGUCAACAACCGCAGCUUCACAACUGGCCAACUUGGUGCCCAUGGCAAUCACCAUCAAGGAAACGCACAAGGAAAAAGAAGGCUCCACCGAUAGCUACGUUUCAUACCAGAUCAAUACCAAGACAUCCCUUCAAGAGUUUUCCAGUCCGAAUGUUACAGUGCGCCGUCGCUUCCAGGACUUUGUCUGGCUCCAUAACGUCCUCGGUCGCCUCUACCCUGCUGCCGUCCUCCCUCCCCUCCCCGACAAGCACCGCAUCCGAUAUGUGCGUGGAGAUAGAUUCAAUCCAGACUUUAUUGAAAAGAGAAGGGCGAGUCUGGAACGGUUUUUGAAAAAGCUGGCGGUGCACCCAGUGUUACAGCAAGCAGAGCCUCUCCGGAUCUUUUUGGAGUCGCGCGACUGGAACUCGGAUCUGGCAGAGCAGAACAAGAAGCGACAGGACGAGGGUCGUCUUGAUACCAUUGGUGAUGCGCUCUUGAAUGCUUUUGCCAAGAUCAAGAAGCCCGAGGAGAAGUUUGUGAUCAUGCGGGAUGAGGUCGACAAAUUGGAAGAAAACCUCCAAGGGUUGGAGAAACUGGAGCAGAGGAUCCUGAAGCGGCAGGAGGAACUUGAGGCCGAUUACCGUGAAUUCGGUGGAGCCGUUGCAGGACUCGGUAACCUUGAGACCGGAUUGACCGAGCCCCUUCACCGCUUUGCCCACACUGUCGCCAGCUACGCCAGCAUCAUGAACGAGCUCUCAACACAGGAGGAUGCCGAGUUUUUGUCGCAGCUUCAUGAAUGUUUGGCCUACUGCAACAGUGUCAAGAGUGUAUUGAAGCUGAGAGAUCAGAAGCAGCUGGAUUUCGAGGAAUUAUCCGACUUUUUGCAGCAACAGGUGGCAGAACGAGACCGCCUGAUGAGCAAUGGACGUUUGGGAGGAUCGGCAACAAUUGGAGGAUUCUUUCAACAAAAGAUGGACGAGAUCAAGGGUGUUGACCAGGAACGUGCCAAGCAGGACAAGCUCAAACGUGUUGCCGAGAAGAUUCACGAGCUCCAAGAAGCGGUGGAAAAGAGCAAUGAUAUUUCCGUCGCAGUGUCGAACGAGACUGUCAAGGAGUAUGAGAUCUUCCAGCUGCAAAAGACCAAGGACUUGCGCCAGUGUCUCUUGGACUAUUCGUCGGGCCGAGUCGAGUUCUUCGAGAAGGGCGCCGCACUCUGGGACCAGAUCAUUCCUAUUCUCGAAUCCAUUCAAGUCAACGACGAGUAG